AAUCCAAACCAGUCAAAUAAUGAUAAUUUAAAUUUUCAACAAGAACAAACUCAUAACCAACAAAAGUAGACGUUGGGCUCCAAAGAUUAUCAUUAGAUUACCACCUACAUCUCCUAAUCCGAAGUUUAGAUCAUGUAAUUUCACCAUCACUUGGAGAACAUAUCGCUCCUAAUAUGACUUUAACAUGUGACUUCUGAAAUUCCUAUUUAGUCAUUUAUAGUUUUAAUCGGUAGACCAACUUUUUUUUUUCUUGAGAAACAUCUCUAGACCAAAACAAUUUAUCCUCAUUAAUCUUGUUGGUUGAAUAGCAAUACUGUUUUAGCAAAACAAUUUAUCCUCACUAAUCUUGGAAGAAACAUGAACAUAUCUAUACCAUUCAUCGUCAUUUUUUUUUUUUGAACAAACCAUUCAUCGUCAUUUUAGUUUCGAAAUAGACAUUGUUUUUGUAGAACCAUGCAGUGGACUACUGAUUCUUUUUGUUACGUGAUUUAUCUAUAGAUAUUUAAAGGCUAAUAUAUAUAUAUAUAACAAAAAAUUCACAACAGUCGAUGGAUAUUUGAACCAUCUAUAACACGAUCGAACUCGUGGGGGAGUAUCUUUAUAGUAAAAGCGAAAAGUGUUUUAUGGUUCCGUGUGAUGACAAUUAUAUAGCAGAAAGAAACUGGUCGGUACAGUCGCAAACUCUGUUAAAAGUUGUCCGGUCAAAUCUUCUUUGGACCCAAAAAGACACGACACAAAGAGCAGCUUACGGCUCUUAAAACAAUGCACAUGUCUCCAUGUUAUCCUACUCGCUGUCUUAAUUAUUUCAUUUACAUUCUCUAAUCUACAUUUUGUACCCGUUUGAUGGGACAUUCCCUGAAUCUAUGGACUGCGCUCAAAGCACAACUACUUGGUUCUGUGAACCCUCUGUCUACACCUCUCUCUCUCUCAUCACCUAUAUAAGUAACCUGGAGCUUCAUUGAUGUACAUAUAGUAUUUUCUGACUGAGUUUGAACAUUAUCUCUAAAACUUCUACAAUCAUUUUGUUUUUUUUGUUUUGCAAAUUUGAGGAGAAAAUGGAAGGAAGGUCCUAUUUAGAUUGGAAUGAGAGUUCUUCAUCGUUAUUUGGAUCAGAGAAUCUGGAGGAAGAGUUAGAAGUGGUAACUGUGAGAGCUGAAGAGGUUUUCUCUCGGAUUCCUCAACCUCAGACACCAAGGGAGUCAAUGAAGUUUCUGUCCAGAUCAUGGAGUCUGUCCGCUUCUGAAAUCUCCAAAGCUCUAGCUCACAAACAGAGUCAACAUCAGAGUCUGUCUACUGUUUCCUAUAACAGUCCUAAUGUCUUCUUCCAAGAUCCUGCUGCAAAUCCACUCAUGGCAGGGAAGAUCAUGAACUCAAGUGGCAAACGCAAAUCAGGGAGGUUAUCAAAGUGGUUUCACCAAAAGCAACACACCAACCCAAACACCAUGAGGAAUCCGAAGAGGAAAGACAAAGCGCGUGUGGAGAGAGCCCAUGUGCAUUCAGCUGUGUCCAUUGCAGCUCUGGCAGCUGGGUUAGCGUCAGUGACAUCAGAGAAAAGCUGCAGUAAAGAGUCAGGCUCCAUGAUGACGCUGGCUCUAGCCUCAGCUACCGAGCUACUAGCUUCGCAUUGCAUUGAGAUGGCUGAGCAAGCAGGUGCUGAUCGUGAAUGUGUUGCUGCCACGGUUAGGUCUUCAAUUGAUAUACACAAACCUAGUGAUCUCACCACUCUCACAGCCGCAGCUGCAACUGCUUUGAGAGGAGAAGCGGCUUUGAAGGCGAGGCAGCCAAAGGAAGCAAGGAAGAACGCGACUAUUACACCUUGUGAGAGGAGCUUCUCUGACUCUAGCUGGACUGCAAAUUUUCAGUUUAGAUUUGAUGAACCAAAUCUUCCUUUAGAGGGGGAUUUGGUACAGUGUGCACAAAACGGAGCACAUCGACUUAAGCGAGUUUGUGUCUAUAUCAACAACAAGUCUCAGGUAAUGAUCAAACUCAAAAGCAAACACAUCGGAGGAACAUUCUCCAAAAAGAUCAAAUGCGUUGUUUAUGGAGUCUGCGACGAGAUAUCUGCAUGGCCUUACAGUAAAGAUAGAGAAAACUCAGAAGAUGUCUACUUUGGUCUUAAAACUGGACAGGGUCUUUUGGAGUUCAAGUGCAAGAGUAAGACUCAAAAGCAGAGAUGGGUUGCUGGGAUUCAGUCUACUCUCCGCCAAGUAACUUGUCUCGAGGCUGACAAAUGCUCUCUCGAAUCUUUGAGCCUCAGUGAUCGUAUGCGAUAGAGAAUCCUGUAAAUAACUUGUUCACAUUAACUGCAAGUGAAUCAGAAAUCUUCAAGAGAAUUGUUAUAACUUUCUUUUGAGUUAUUCAUACAACAAAUAGUCUUUGCUUGUUCUAUUAGAAUACAACAGUCUUGUUUGCUCCAUAAGGUAACACACGUAGUUCGCAGUAUGACUUUAUAGCUUUUGUUA